AUGAAACAUUUAUCUCUUACGGGGCGUCUGUUGCCUCGCGUUGCUGCGUGUGUUGCGGUGUAUCUCUUUUGCCUGUAUCCUUCAUUUCUGUUCUCUGCUGCUGAUGCCGUGCCAGCAGCAGACAGCAGCAAGAGCAACAAAGACGAUGAGGUUACUGGUGAUGAUGCAGCUCUUCCCCCUUUUACUGGGGGCUUGUUUGAAUACCGCCGCAUCGGGGCUGAGCUCGUCAGCCUAUGGAGAGAAUACACCGCAAUGAGUGACGCAUUAAGCCACUUGCUGCGGGACUACAACGUGGCUGUGAAGCAGGAGCAGCGGGUAGAGUUGGUGGGUAUGUUACAGAGGAAACACAAAGCAGCAGAAGCAGCACUGCAGCAGCAGCAGCAGCGGCGUCAGCGGGGUCGGCGUGGUGGUGCUGCUGCUAUGCUGCCGUUACUGUAUGGAGAGUUGGCGAGUUUGAAGGAGUUGAAGAAACAGAUGAAAAGAAUAGAUAAAAAACUAGAAAAAAUACCAGAAUAUAGACAAGCAGAAGAGAACGCAAUGCAGAUUCGUUUCGGUUCUACCCCUCAGCAGCAGCAGCAGCAGCAGGAGCAGCAGCAGCAGCAGCAGCAGCAGCAGCAGCAAUUGGUAUUUGUAUGUCUUGCUGUUGAUGCGACGGCACCGACAGCAGCAGCAGCGGGAGGAGCAGCAGCAGCAGCAUCUUUAUCAUCCUUAUAA